CCGCCGCUCACGCCCUCGAUCGCAUCGGCGACCUCAUUCGCCGCGGCGUCCUCCGCGACAUCGUCGGCAUCCCGACCUCCAAGAAGACGGAGGUUCAUGCUCGCGCGGUCGGCAUCCCGCUUUCUGACCUGGAUACUCACCCGGUGGUGGAUCUCUCCAUCGACGGUGCUGAUGAGGUCGAUCGCCAUCUUAACUUGGUGAAGGGUCGUGGCGGCUCUCUUCUUCGGGAGAAGAUGAUUGAAGGGGCUAGUAAGAGAUUCGUCGUCAUCGUCGACGAGUCGAAGAUGGUGAACUUACUUGGCGGCAGCGGUUUGGCUGUGCCUGUCGAGAUCAUCCCUUUCUGCUGGAAGUUCACGAUGGGGAAGCUCCGGCGACUAUUUGAUGGCGUCCCAGGGUUCGAUUUGAGGCUGCGGACCACUUCGGGAGCUGAAUCGACUCCUUCUGUGACUGAUAAUUUGAAUUAUGUUAUCGAUCUGUUCUUCGAGAACGGGAUUAGCGGGGAUUUGGAUGAGAUUAGUGAUGCCAUUUUGAAGCUGUGGGUGGUGUGGGGUGUUGUGGAGCAUGGGAUGUUCUUGGGGAUGACGACCUCUGUCAUAGUAGCGGGGAAGGAUGGCAGCGUUACGGUGAUAAACAGGGUGGGAGAUAGGAGUAUGGUGACUGGGUGAAGAUGCUUUUUAAUUCUCUGAGGUAAGUUUACUGAUUGAGGAGUUAAAAUUAUCAUCUUUAAUUAGAAAGCAUGUCUGCUAAUCGAGCAAUUUUUUGUUUUUUGCCGAUCCAAGCAAAGUUUUCAGGCACUUGUUCCUGGAAAUUUGCGAUCUUGCUCCUCAAAGAGAAUUUUUGUAAGGGCGGAUGCUUCAUUCUCAUCUCUAAUGAAAAAUUAGAUUUUUUUUCCCUGAAAUUUUGGAGCUUGUUUUUGCAUCUGUAUUGCUUAUUUAUUUGCCCCUCGAUUUCCAUGCUUAAUCCUACUUGUUCUUGCGAUCUUAAUGUUCU